GUAGUCUAAAUGAGAAACGCAAAGUUCUGGGGAAAAGGAGCUAAAAUCCCAAGUUAGAGUUAAUACAUAUUUCAGUUUUAAAGGCGCGCAGGCAGAAUACUGCAGCUGGUUUAAUAUUAUUACGACUUUAUAAGCUGUCACAAGAUAAUGGCAUACACCGAUUCAUUGGUCGUCAGUGGAACGCAAGUGUCAUACAUUGGACAAGACUGUGAGGAGGUGCCAGGUUUUCUUGGAGAAAGAUUUGGGGGAUUUGCUAGACGGCUAGAUCUCAGUUUUAACAGAUUAAGGUCACUGGUGGGGCUGAGCGCGUUCGGCGAGCUGGAGGAGCUGAUUGUGGACAACAAUCUCCUGGGAAACGACCUCCAGUUGCCCAGGUUACCACACCUCCAUACCCUCACAGUCAAUAAGAACCAACUCACUGAUAUUGAGGCGCUGCUGGAGCAUUUGGCUGAAGUGGUGCCCUCGCUGGAGUACCUCAGUCUGCUGGGCAACGAGGCCUGCCCCAACGAGCUGGUCAGCCUGGACAAGGACGAGGACGACUACCAAAGAUACAGAUACUUUGUGCUGCACAAACUGCCCAACCUGAAGUUUCUGGACACUAGGAAGGUGACCAAAACGGAGCAGGCGGAGGCUAUGGCGCGAGGAGCCUUCAUGAAGGUGGUGAAGCCCAAGAGUGAGGAGGAGUCCAGUGAGCGGAGGGCUGAAAACAGCGCCACACCUUACACACCUCUACCACGGGGAUCCAGAGAUGGCAAAAACCACAAAGGAGUUUUCGCCAAGUGCCGCUACGUCUACUACGGGAAGCACUCAGAGGGCAAUCGCUUCAUCCGCAAUGACCAGCUUUGACAGGCAGGCAGGCCGUCUGUCUCUGACACCUUCUUUAAAUACAGAUACAUUCCCGCCACCACGCCAACCGCUCUCUUUAUAAAUAUACAUACUUGCCACUCGCAGUCCAGGCCUGCAAGUGUGCUAGCGCGCUAGCUGGCCCCAGCAGCACACCACACGGCAGCACCCCUCCAGUCCUCUUUCUGCUGACGACGCGCCGCUCAGCCGUCCCUGUCAGCCUCAUCCGCCCGUGUCUUCGUCUGAGCAGUCCCCAUCAGAUUGACAUGAUUGCCUUUAAGCAGAGUACUCCCCCUCCGCUCCAACCACCACCACCACCACCACCACUACUACCACCACUACACCCACCUCACCAGCCCCAACGACCAGCCAUCUCUUCACCCUUCACCUCCUCUUUCUACUCCUCCUCCUCCACCAUCACCAUCACCAGCAGCACCACCUCCCACCCCCUGCGCGUCCCACAGCUCCUCUCCUCCCUACUCUUCUCCUUCUCUCUCCUCUCCUCCCCUGUCUUCUCUCCUCUCCUCUCCGCCCCCUCCCCUUUCUCUCUCUCUCUCUGGACUGACUGACAGCUCCGGCCAAGUGCCUGCGCUGACAGGAUGAGCGCCAUGAUGGAUUGCCUGGCCCGGCUGCUGCUCACCAGAGGUCAGGGGUCACACCUGAGGCUUCAUUGGGCAUGCGCCAGACAGCCAGGGCGACAGGGGAGAGAGAGAGAGAGAGAGAGAGAGAGAGAGAGAGAGAGAGAGAGAGAGAGAGAGAGAGAGAGAGAGAGAGAGAGAGAAAGACAAAGAGACACAGACAGAGACAGAGACAGAGACAGAGAGACAGAGGCCACUCUCAAAGUCAAAGCUAAAGUUAAAUCACUCCGCACGGAGCCUCAGUCAGGCCAGUGGGGAGUCUGUCUCUCUGUCUCUGGCUUUUCAAUUCCCAUAAUGAGUUUAGGCCUUUGGUGCAAAUGUUCUUUAUUUCUCCUCUCCCCCUAUGUUUUUUAAUUUUACAUGUUUACCCCUACUUUUUGCUUAUAACUGUUACGGCUGAAUGGAUAGUUAGAAGGAUAUCAAGGAUUUUCUGUAAAGAAAUACUAGAUUUUGUUGACUGUUUAAUUGCUCAAACAAUGUUUUGAAGACUCAUGAUGUAUGAGAUACGUGUAUGAAAUACAGUAUGUCAUGUAAAUGUAUUGAUUACAUUAGGUUUUAACUUGCGAUUGAACUCAUUCCUCUUAAUGAGAUGGAGAUUCAUG